AUGCUGGUCAACGGGUUUUACGUCUCAUUUGAAUUUUUUAGCAAUUUAGUGCUCCACUUGCCCCGUUCACAGUUCGCCUCGCCGCUGCUUACCAUAAAAUCCGAUUCGGGGGCCCGCGCCAUCGAUGACGAAAGCAAACAGCAGACUCUUCGCGGCCAGCUUCAGGCGAAAGCCGCAACAACGGCUCAUUGGGCAAGGCACCGGAUAACGACGACGACGACGGCGAAGAAGAAGACGAAUCAGCAUAAUGAACGCGGUCGGCGUAUAAAAGCGUGCGACUGCUCGAAGAUGAUCAUCAGUUGCCUCUACGGUUGCAUUCUUCAGCUACGUGAAUUGUGCAGGAUUGGGCUGGCAUUUCUAACGCUCGCAUUUCCUUCCCAGAUCUUUGUGUGUUUGUUUGCCGCACUUGUUGCCACCUGCUCCGCAGGCAUCAUUGGCGGUGGUGGCGGCGUCGGCGGCGGCGGUGGAGGUUACAGUUAUGGCAUCGGCAGUGGCGGCGGCGGUGGUGGUGGUGGUGGUGGUCAUGGCCACUCUGAGGUGCGCACGGUUAAGGUUAUCCAUGAAGGCGGCCAUGACCAUGGUGGCUUUGUACAUGGACAUGGCGGCCACCAUCAGGAGGUGAAGACCAUUAAGGUCAUCCACCAGGAAGCACCAAUUGUCCAUCAUGACAUUGGCGGUCAUGGCGGCCAUCAUCAGGAGGUGAAGACCAUUAAGGUCAUCCACCAGGAAGCCCCAGCAAUUCAUCACGGUUUCGCUCAUGGCGGCAGCGGCGGCGGCGGCUUCGGUGGUCACCAGGAGGUCAAGACUGUGAAGGUUAUUCACCAGGAUGGCGGCUAUGCUUUGGGCGGCGGCGGUGGUUACACCGGCGGCAUCUCAUAUGGCGGCGGACACGACAUUGGUCAUGCUCAUCAGGAGGUGAAAACCGUCAAGGUUAUCCAUGAGGAGGCUCCAGUUGUCCAUCAUGGUUUCUCCCAUGGCGGUGGCUUCGGUGGUCACCAGGAGGUCAAGACUGUGAAGGUCAUCCAUCAGGAUGGCGGCUAUGCUUUGGGCGGCGGCGGCGGCUACGCUGGUGGCUUCUCCCAUGGCGGUGGCUAUGCUGGUGGCUUCUCCCAUGGCGGUGGACACGGCGGACACGGCCACCAGGAAGUGAGAACCGUCAAAGUUAUCCAUGAGGAGGCUCCAGCUGUCCAUCAUGGUUUCUCCCAUGGCGGCGGCUACGGUGGUCACCAGGAGGUCAAGACUGUGAAGGUCAUCCAUCAGGAUGGCGGCUAUGCUCUGGGCGGUGGUGGCUAUGCUGGCGGCUAUUCCCAUGGCAGCGGCCACGACGUCGGCCAUGUCCACCAGGAGGUGAAGACCGUCAAGGUAAUUCACGAAGAGGCCGCCCCAGCGCCCAUUGCCACCCACAACGAGUACCUGCCCCCAGUUGUCUCGGCUCCCCAGCCCGGCUACCUGCCUCCAGUUGGCGCCUGGAAAUAAUCUCCUCAACUGUCCCCAGUUGAUCUGUGAUUCGAACUGUGUCAUAACUGUGACCUCCUUUGUUAAAUAGUUUUAGUAAUACCCC